AUGACCACAGGCGGAGGUGUCUCCAUCGCCGCCACCAGGCCGUCGCCGGCGAUUCCCUUCCUAAUCGUCGCCAUCCUCGCAGGUUUGCUCUCCUCCCCCGCCGCGGUUUUUCUCCUCGCCCUCGGCGUCUUCGGCCUGUUUCCGAUUCUCUGCGAUUCCAGCGACCUGGACUUCAUCUCCCUCCUCUCCGUCCCCCUCAUCGCACAGGUUGUGAACUCGUUCCUGUAUCAGCUGAAUCUCACUUUUCUUCCGGUAGCUGUUCUGAGCAUCUUGUUCCUCCUUGUCUACCCCGAUCAGAGACCCUCGCCGGCGAUCCCACUCCUCUUCUGCUUCUUCCUCGAGAGCUCGCUCUCUUCCCCUCCUGUGUUUUCGAGCUUCGCCGCCCUCGUCAUCUUCUGGCUGGUUUUCGCCCGCGACGGUGACUGGAUCUUCUCCUGCUACCUCGCUGUUUGUCCGAUCGUCUUCCUCCUGGUUUCCCAUCGUCUGGGCUUCCUCGCGGGUUGA